AUGCCUCCUCCGUCUGUCACCAUUUAUAUUUCGCGCGCUGGUUUUCUUGCGGGAGAAGUUGUCUAUGGCACCGUGGAGUUGAAUUUCCGCGCACUUGAAGAAGAACGGGUAAAAGAAGUUCGCGUAAAGCUCAGGGGCCACGCCGCAACUGCUUUGAAACAUUCAGAUGACGAAGAGAGCCAAACGGCGGACUUUAUCUGCCUUGAUCAAUCGCUGUGGAUGCCUGGAACCCAUUAUCCCCCGCCUGAAUCAGACUUCCUUUCCAUCCCCACGGCGCCACUUUCGCCUCUAUCCGCUAUCACGUCGAAGCGGUCGGGAUACGGCCAGGCUUGUUCAAGAGGAACAGGCGAAGCCUCCGUGCCUUCAUCGUACAUAUUCACCCCUGACGAAGCUGGUUCGUUGCGCAUACGUCGAGCCUUCUGGGGAGAUUAUGGUGAUGUACAAUUGGAGCUCAAACGUCCCUCCGCUAUCAUCUACCCUGUUCUUUCAGACAUACUGUUUGUGAUAACAAUUGCAACGAUUGGCAAGCCGAUCAAGUUGAAAGACAAUAAGAAACCGUGGCCGUCCCCGCCACUAGAGCCGAGUGCAGUUCAUUUCGAGCUCAAGCGUAUAUUCCGAGUGCAAGUGAAAGAAUGGAGUGAUACCAGCACUGGUAUUCUCACCUCGUUGGGCGGCAUGGGCGGGUCGUAUGCAAGCGUUAGUAUCGAGACUAAGGAGGACCAGUGGCUCCCAGAUGACGAGGAUAAGAACAAGGGAAGAUGGCGCAAGGAGGUGUCAUUCAGCUCUUCUUUCAGGCUCAAGCACACCCCUACGUUCAGUUCCCCGCUCAUCACACUCGAGUACUUCUUGCAUGUCAGAGUCCAUUUCGGCGGCCUCCGCAACAGCCUGAGCAUGGACAUCCCGAUCACGGUCGGCUCCGGCGUGGCGCCUCUCACGGGAGACGCUGCUCGUGAUAACCAAAGCGAUGAGGCUUUACCGCGCUUCGAAGACCUUGAUAUCCCACCGUUAUAUUGGAAUACCAAACAUAUACUUGCCGUAAAGGAGAAGUAA